AUGGACCUGCCUCCCAACUUCGUUGAUAACCUGACCGCUGCCGUAAAAGCCUUGCAGAACGUGGCCUCCGACUUGACCACAUUCUCGAAUAUUAUCACCGCCGCAACUCCAUCUUCUCAAACUUCAACAGCUUCUCUCAAGAUGGCUGGCAAGACUCAGGAUUUCGCCGGACAGGUCAAGUUCUUGGUGUCCUGCAUCAAGUUCUCCAGCAAUGGUAAGCCUGACUUUGAGCAAGUCGCCAAGGACCGCAACAUCGUUUCCAAGGCCGCAGCCCAAAAGCGGUACGAGCGCAUGAUCAAAGCUGCCAAUGAGGCCGACAGCGACACCAACAACAAAGAGGAGGAGACUCCCAAGAAGGCUACGCCGGCCAAGAAGCGCGCUGCCAAGGCUGCUCCUGCAGAUGAAGAGCCAACACCCAAGAAGCGUGGCCGUCCCGCCCGCAAGACCCCCGUCAAGAAGGAGGAGUCCUCCGAGGACCUGACUGAGGAAGAGGAGGAGGAGGAGCAUCAACCUGUUGCCGAUGAAGAUGAGGAGGACAUCAAGCCUCCCGCCAAGUCGCCCGCCACGCCCAAGAAGUCCGCUCAAAAGAACGCGUCCAACGGUUUCACCCCGGCCAACCCCAAGUCCGAGGAGAAUGAGGACGAUGAAGAGACUUCUUUCUCUGACAAGGACAAGGAGGGCUACAAGUCCCCUUUUUAA